UCAAAUUGGCAUCCAUUAUCAGUCUCUGAUCAGUUUUUCAGGUAAAGAAUAAGGAGUAUUGAAUUGGUAAAAAACAGUACAAUAUUUUUAAAAGGCAUUUUGUGGAACUAAAGAACACAUUAACAUCAAAUUAAUAUAUAGUCAGGAUGUCAGAGCAACCAGAGUUAUCAGAGUUCCCUAAUUUGAAGGGUGUGGUACCAGACAUAAGCUUAGAUGAUCUUGAUGACCUCCUUGGGAAGCUUACUGCUGAAGAAUUAGAGGAAUUAAAUGGAGAUUUUGACCCUGAUAAUUCACUGUUACCCCCAUCUGAAAGAAUGAAGAACCAGACAGACAAAACUGCUACCGGUCCCUUCAGCAGGCAGAAAUUACUCAAGUGGCUCGAGGAAAAGGCUAAAAAUGAAAAGGACUGGGAACUGAUUAAACCAUAUGUUGGAGAAAAAAAGGGAAAAGCAUUUAAACCUAAGCAAGAACCAAAGAAAAAGAUGACAGAAGAUGAAGCUAAAGAAGACACAGAAUGGGAUGACCUGUUAAAGGAAGCUUCUGAAGAGGAAUUGGUAGAUUUGGCAGCUGUCCUGGGUUUUCACAGUAUGUUAACACAACAACAGUAUUAUGCUUCAUUAGAAACAGAAGAAAUCUCAGGACAGUUCGGUGGAUUUAAAGGUGUAGCCAAGGCACAGGAACUGAAACUGAUGCCAAAUGAACCAGAAAACAAAACAGAUGUCGUAGAGGCUUUACAGAAGCUGAAAGAUAACGAUUCUAGUCUUAAACACCUUAAUCUUAAUAAUAUUAAGAAUAUAUCCCUAGAAAGAUUAUGUGAAGUAUGUGAUGCUCUGAAAACAAACACACAGUUAGAGACGUUAGAAAUUGCUAGUACAGCAGCUACAGAUAAAGUUGCUAAGACUUUAGCUAAAGCCUUAGUAGACAACAAAACAUUAAAGAAUCUAAAUAUAGAAUCUAAUUUUAUAUCUGGUGAAGCUAUACUGGAAAUAAUGAAGGCAAUUAAUAAAAAUAUGACAGUUAUAGAAUUCAGAAUUACUAAUCAGAAACCAGAAGUCCUAGGAAAUAAAGUAGAAAUGCAGCUAACUAAAUUAGUAGAAGAAAAUCCUACAAUAUUACGGUUUGGUAUUGCCUGUGAAUUUCCUGAUGCUAGGGUGAGAAUUCAUGAAAAAAUACAAGUAAAUAACGAUGAAUUGAGGAAGAAAAGAGUUGGAAAGUCAUAGUGUCACAUGUUUUUACAAACUUUAGUGUUUUUAUUAUAAAUGUACGUCCAAGCCUUAGGCUCAUGGUACACAUCAUCAUCACAGCUAUGCCUAGGAAUUUGUUCAACACUCAAUUGCCUGCUAUCAUUGUCUCGGCUAUAUGUAGACAUUCAUUUAAAUUAAGAAUAGUUGCAAUAUUUCUCCAUUAUUUUCCAGACCGUAGUGUAUUAUAAUGUUGAUUGGUAUCCCAGCUGUAGGACUUGGCAUAGGGGAACUAUACUUAUUUCCAAAAAUGCAAAAAGAUAGAAAACAAAACAGCUGCAGAUAUUUUCUUAUAUGUGAAAUUUUGGUAGAUGUUGAAAAUUUUAUAUGUAUUCAAAAUGUUUAUAAGUAAUGCUUACAUUAUUGAGAAAAAGACUUGUUUAUACUUGUACUUGAGACAGUCACAUAAAAUUUUCAUGUAAAAUAGUCCUAUGAGUAAAUGGGAGCAACAUUGACAAGAUUAAUACAUUAUGGCCUUUAUAAACAUGUUUCAUUUAGUGUUCUUUGAUGCCAGUCGUUUUAUAUACUACCAACAUUUUUGUAUAAUUUAGUUUGUGCUAAAGAUAUUAUAUAUCCACCUUGCCAUCGGCAAAUAUACCUCACUAAAAGACCAUUCUAACGUGAUGAUAUGUUUCUUGGCCACUUUAUUUGUCAGUCCCAAAAAAAAGCAAGAUUAUUUUGUUGAAUUGUAUUAUUUUUGUUGUUUUUAUUUAUAAAAAUUAUGGAUAUGUUAGAUGAAAAGCAUGGAUUGCUGAACCAUUAUCACCUGUAUUAGCAUAAAUAAAGUUUGUAUUUUGAUGCAAAUCCAGAAACUUUUCUGCAAAGGGACUUUGGUCUAAGGAAUUGGAAUAUUCUGCAUCACAUAGGAAAAAUGAGAAAACAAUAAUGAAAUAUUAACUCCCACCCAAAAAAAAAGUUACAGUGCACAAAAAGCAGAUUAUACCUUAGAUAGUUAAGAUAUUUUUAUAUACACUUAUUUUGCUGGCAACAAAACUAACAGAAAAGCUUAAAUAGAGGCUGUAUGUACAACAUUUCAUGUUUAUUUAUAUCUUUGAGUUAUGGGCAUCAGUGCUGAGUGUUAUUACACUUGUUAAAGCAAUGUUUCAGAGUAAGAACAGUUUUAAUAUAAUAUAUAAAAGUAAUAUUUUGCAAUAAGCUUGUUAUUUAUGCUACUGCUGAAUUAUUAUUUUGUAUUGCAACAUUGCUGUUGUAGAUAUUUAUAUUAAGUGAAUGUAACAGUAUAAAUAUUAAUGUAUUCCAAAUUUCAAAUAAUUUAUAUUAAGCAGAAUUGGAAAAUUGUCUCUCACAGGUUGUACUCUGUGUUUGUAUUUCAAUUCACCAUUUUAUAAUCUAAUGUUUUUCAAAAAGGAUUUGAUUGGUCAUGUUUAAUACUGUUUUGAACAACCAAUAGUAUUAUUUUAAUUCAUUUUGGAGUAAAAAAAAUCCAAUUACCCAUAAUCCUAAAGAUUCUAAAAAUGGAGAAUUGUAUAAAUUAUUAGUUGCAGUGCUUAUAAAUUUAGAUAUAUUUUCGAUAUAAGCUUUCAAUUUUAUUUAAUUAAUUGGAUAUUUAUGAUGAAAUGUUGACUGUAUGAUGGUAAAUCUGCAUUGUAAAAUACAUGGUUAUUUUUUGUUAAUUAAUUUACUAGAUAACAGUGUGAUAUCAUCAUGGUUGUAUAACUAUUAUUUCAUGUGCUGUUCCACAAGUGCUUGUUUUUGGGACUAUUUGGUGGAAGGCACUUUAAUUGGUGUAGAUCAAGAUUUUGUUGUAGGGGAGAUUUCCACCUAGAAAUGGAGCAUUCAGUCUAAUUUUUGUUGCUUUUUAAUGGAUUUAAAAAAUAUAUAUAAAAGGGGGUUCCAAACCGUGGAACUCUCCUUGACCAGCCAAUGCCAAUUGUAAAUGAGGCAGAAUAUCUUGCUGAAGAAAUGUGAUAAGAAGAAGAGUGUCCUCUGAUCUUCUUAUGAAUCUAUUUUGUAAAGGCAUUUAGUAAUUGUGUAUUGUCAGGUUUUAUUUUCUAGUCUAGUCUUCAAAUUUUAUGAGUUACCAACAUAGCACAUUUGUUUCCCAUUUAAUGCAAGAAAUUGAAAAUUGUAUCCUUCAUGAUAAAAUGUAUUUGCCACCACUGAAUAAACUAAAAAGUGGACACAGAGAAAUGUCGUGCAUGCCUACUAAUGGUAUAUUGAAAAUUAAUGUUUAUUGGUACGAAAGCCAAUUUGUGCAUUGCUUGCUUUUUAUAUAAAAAGUAGAUACACAAUAUUAUAUGCUAUACUAUAUUCUAAUUCUUGGAUCGGAAAUACAAGUAUGCUUAGCUUAUACUGAAUAUACUUGCUAUGAAAAUGUAUAUGACAUGAAUCUCUUUUUUACAAGAUGUAAAUGCUGAUAGAUGUUGUCAAAUAUGUUAUUUGUACUAUCAGAUAUGCUAAAAUAUCCUGUUUUUGUUGUUUGUCAUUUUUUAAUUGUUUGUAAAGUAAGUUUUGUGAGAAAAAAAAUUAAUAGGUAUUUUAAUCACAAAGUUCUAUGACAAUCUAACCUUUACUGCAUUGAUUGUCUAUGCACUGUGCAGCUUGAAAUAUCUAUAAAUAUUAUAUAGAUAACAGAGAAAAUGGUAAAAAGACAGAGAGUAAAUGAUAAAUUUGUUUUUGGUGUUAAAUUAAUCUUGAUUUAAAUUAGGCUAUAAAAACUAAGUAAUAUCAAAAAUAAUUUAAUUUUUCAUUAAAGGACUUGUUUUAAAAGUUAGCAAUAGUACAAGUAAUGUCAGUUUUCAUUAAACUACUUCAAUGCUGAAUUUAUUUUUCCUUAGAGGAAUAAGAGAAAUCUACAUUCAGGUGACAAUAACCUGACAUACAGUCUCAAAAGAGUAAAGACAAAGUUAUUAUUCAUGUAUAAGGUGUAUUUAUUAUUUUUCCAUGUUUCAUUUUAUAUUAUGUCAUAUUUGAACAUAUUUAAUUGAUUUUAUUUUAGUUGAGGAAUGUUUUAGAUUUUUUAUCUAUAAUAUAAUUUAGUUAAAUCCCUAGAAAAAUAAAAGUUAAAAAGAACUA